AAGAAACCUUUGAAAAAAUGGACUGGCACAUUUGUAUGUCUUGCCAGCAGAAAUCAGACCACAAUACCAAUUGGUGAAGAAAAAAUGGUGCUUUUGAGAUGUGGUCUUGGGUCACACCGAGUUACAAUAGACCUUUACAGCUCACAGGAGAAAUUUUUUAAUUGUCUUGAGAAAGAGUUUCCUCAACUUAAAAAACCAGGUGGUUUUGAAUUGCUUAGAUGUGCACAAAACUGUAGAAACUUGAAGGUUUUAGAAUGCAAUUGGAAGCCAGAGUCUAUUCGCCAAUAUAUAGGACAACAGGCAAAAAUUGAUUUACGCCCAAUCCAAAAUGAUCUUGAAACUUCACCUUCCACACCAGAGCCAAAUGAUGAUACAUACUCUAGAAUGUGUGAAUUUUGUGACAACAAAAUGAAUGUUAGAAUGCUGAGAGAUCGUUUAAAAAUAUGUUCUGCACGGCCAAACUCAGAAUCAGAUGAACUUCCUGAUCUUGCACCAUCUCACAGACAUUCUUCAACUACAGAACCAUCCACAUCUGCAACCUCUCAAAGUCAGACCUUAGCAUCAAUCACACCUGAUCUUCAGUCAACAUUGAAUGACAAUAUGACUGAACAGCCCCAAGUUGUGGAAGUCUUGGAACCAAUUUCUCCAGGAGUAAGAGAUGGAGAGCAAUAAAACACAGUUAAAACAAACAUGGAAAAUAUCAUUACCAGCAUUGUGUCAGAAUGUGUGUCCCACUGUACAGAGACAGGAAUGAAAGAUCCUGAAGACAUCCUGAGAUUCUUUCAGAGCAAGAUGGUAUAUGGCAGAGAUCUUGAUAUCCAGGAUGAGUCAUCCACAAUUGAAGAAGAGACUAACUUCAUUUUAGUUGAUAGGUCAGACAUACUUCAGUCUGCCUUUGAGGAUAUUGAGGCCAUCACUGAUCUCAGACUGACUUUAGAAGUUCAGUUUCUUGGAGAGGUAACAGUCUGUAGUCAUAAAAAGUAAUACAUGUACAACUAGUUUACUAUUGACAAACAUCUUGGAAAUUCGAUAAAAUUAUAGCUACUGUGUGUCUUUUUUCAAAAUGGAACUUUUUUCGGACACCGGUAUCAAACAUUCCUUCAGUCCCUGGAAGCAAUAAAAAUACGAUUUCUAGGGACCUGGAACCGGUACAUUGCAUGAUUGCGUAACGUACAAACUUUUGGUUCCGUUAAUAGGUCUGCACACCUGUUUUUGGAAAAU